AUGCCGAAGGGAGGAGCUUCCUCGCUGACACCAGUCUAUGCCGGACUUCAAGAAGAUCUCGAUGCUUUUCUCAAAGCGUUUCUAGACUUGAAAACUCGGAAGUAACCUUUAUUCUCUGUCUUCAACUGAAACAUCGGAUUUUGCCAGGUUCAGCGACUACAAAAACAUGUUCGCGCAUCGUGGAAUGAUCCAGAUGUAUAAUGGAAGGAGCAAUAGCGCUGAGAUCAUCGAAGUAACGGAAUUCAUCGAAAAAUCUUUGAAAAUCAGCAAAGUUUUCAGUUCAACGAGUACAUACUCGUAUAUUGCCUUCCGUACAUGGAAGAAUUCGUCUGUCCGGGCUCCCCUCGCACUUUGGAGGAGCGUCUCUUCGGCCUCUACUCUCUUUACACGUUUUUCUACGUGCAAGCUCCGAAUCACGUCGUCAAGAUCCGCAUGGAUCCGGACGCAGCGCGCACUUUUCAGAGAUUCACUCAAUUUCUGCUCAACGAGAAACUCUACGACGCCUACAUGUGUUGCCUGAAACUGCUGGAGGACAAGGCCAUCAAACACGUCGCUUUCAUUCCGAUCGUGAGCCAGAAGUUAAUUUUUAGUCGAAAUCGAAAGUUUUCAGUACGAUCCGUCGUGUUUCAAGCGAUAUUACACCGACAAUAAAGUGUCGGGUGUGAGUGUGCGAACGAACGUCAACGAUCCGAUGAGCAAGUUGAAAGUGCUCGUCGAGUCGCCGCUUUUCGCUAAAUUAAGUGUCGUCCAUAAACAAUAUAUGAAGUUGAAGACCGAUCUGAAUGUGCAGGCGGUUCCAGGAAUGGCCGCGAUGAAAGAUCCGCGGGAAUUGGCGCGAGGGAUUGUGGAGCAGAGCAUCAGAAACGCGGAGAUCAAAACCGGCGUGGAGAUGGUAAGGAAUAUCUUCCGACCUAUUAACGUUCUACUCAUUCCAGAUGAUAACUUCCGAUCAUACAAUCGAGCAUCUCGGCAGCCGUGGAAUGCUCCGCUCCGAAAUCAAAGAGCGCGCCUACGCCGCCGACCUCAACUUGACCAGAUUCAGAAGGCAUCGCACGACGACUCGUCAGUCCACCGUAACCAAAUUGUUUAUAUCUGCUCGUUUUUCAGCACUUUCAAUGUCGACGGAAACAUUCGGCUUUUCUGAAAAUAAACCAUUGGAUGCCGCUAAGAUUGAGGAUUCGGACGUGCAAAUUCUGGAAGAGGUGGCUCCGAAACGUCGCGGACGACGUGCUCUUCCGAAGAAGAGAGGUCGCAGGCCGCUGAGUGCAAUUCCGCCGCCGAAAAGAGAAAAAGUGGAGCCGAUUCGAGUGCCGAUCAAAUUGACUAAAAGCCAGGCUGAGGUAUUUGGGUGAAAAAACUGCUUAUGAUAACUGUUUUUGUGUCUAGAGACUGCGAAACUCGUCAACAAAGACCGUUGAGGACAUCUUUUGCAGUGAAGAUUUCGAAGACGACAAGGAGCCGAUGGAGAAAGAGCCGAAGAAGGAAGUGAAGAGAAAGGAGAAAGUGUCGAAGGUGAAGCGGCCGGCUAAGCCAGUGAAAAUCAAAAAGGAAAAGAAGGGGCCGGUGGAACCGAGAGGAUCGAGAAGCUCUCUGAGACUCCGGAAGAUGGACCCGGACCCGUUUGUUGAUGAACUGCCUGCCAGGAAUACGUCGUCGAAGAAAUCGGUCAAGAAAGAGAAGCAGGUGCAAGUAAAGGUUGAAGUGAAAGACAAAAAAAAUCUGGAGAUCCUUGAAGAGCCCCAGAGGUCUCAGGAUCUCGAUUGGACCUUCGAAGUGGCGGAGUUGCCACAAAAGAAGGACGAAGUGCCGCAUCUGAUAUCCAAGGAAACUCUGGAGACUGAAGUCGUCGUCAUUCAAAACUGUCCGAAAUCGAUUCUGAAGACUAGAAAGAGCGAUGUGAGCAGACAUGUUGGAUUCCAUGAAGAUGUGAGAAUUCUUGCUAGAAUCUUCUGAAAAUUAUUAAUAUUUUUCAGAUGAAUGGACGAGUAAACACGAGCAUUCUCGAGAUAUCUCCUCGCAUCGACUUCGGAAACAGCAGCGGCGAGGAAUGCGAACAGCUCCAGGUGGAUAUAAGAAAAGACGAAGAAGACGAUGAGGAGGAGGUCGUUCUGCCGAUUCCACAGCCGAUCCUCCAAGAGAAUCCGCAGAAGGAGACUGCUGAUGAAGGUGAGAAAAUCGGAAGAGAACUUCAUCAAAUUUCCAUUUUUCAGAGCGAAUAGACGAGAACGACAUCUUCUUUCCGAUAGAGAAUGAAGAGCUUCUCGCUGUCGAUUCGGACGAUGCUUUCGAAAUCAGUUUCGACGAGGAUUAG